AUGUGGCCUCGGCGCAGAGGUGGACAAGACCUGCUGGCAGCCCUUCGGCAGCACGACGACUUCGCGGGCUUGCAAAAGGGUCGACAUGGGAGGGAGCUCGGAAGGGCGACAUGGCAGAGCAGUCGCCACUGUCGGGAACAAGACAGAGCAUCAGACGAAGCACGACCUGGGAUGGGCCGCUAUCGCCCGUGCCGGACGACGACGCUGCUGCCCACCUGCGGGUCGCCUCCAUGGAACGAAUGCGGGGCCUCCAGCGGCUCAGGCGACGGCGCCCCGCAGCAGCGCAGCGGCGCGGCGCCGGCGGCGGCCAGCUCCGCGGGCCGCGCGGCCGGGCGCAGGCCCUUCGACCCGCCGUCGCGGAGCGCCCCGGCGCAGUCCCAGUCGUGGUCGGACCAGCACAUGAACGCCUUCGAAUCUGCGCUCGCGCAGGAACUCGACGAGAAGGGCGCGGGGGUUGUCCCCAGUAACAACGGAAGGUCCGCAAGCGGCAAAACGGUCGGCAAGCGCAACUCCGUUGGCCCAGCCAUGGCGGCCAUGGACGGAGUCAAAAGCGACGUCAGGACCUCCUUCUUCAUGGCGAACACGGUUACGAAGCGGAGGCGCAGCAGCACGGAGUCGCUGAACAGGCGGCGCCAGUCGGCCGACAUGGACUUCACGCUCUGCCCCUGUCUGGCGCCCGUCCGCCGGGGCGCCGUGGCCCUCGUGGAGCUGAAGGAGUGGGACCUCCUGGUGGGCAUGCUUAUUCUCCUGAACGCGGUGCUGCUGGGCGUGCAGGCCGACUUCGCCGCCAGCGCGACGCGCGAGGGCGGCGCCGCGGAGCCGGCGGCGACGGCGCUGCAGGUCGCAGCAUCAGUCUUCGCCGUUAUCUUUGUGGUGGAGAUUGCCGUGCGCUUGAUCGGAUACGGGCCCGCGUUCUUCUACAUGAAAGGCUGCUCCUGGAACUACUUCGACCUCACUGUGGUCAUCCUCCAGGUGUUCGAGGAGGUCACCACAUACAUGGCCUUGGCCAGCCAGAAGGAAGCCGAGAACACUGGUUUCAGCAUGCUGCGCAUCUUGAGGGUGCUCCGCCUGCUGCGUGUGCUGCGGCUGCUGCGGGUGCUGAGCCUGAUCCAGGAGCUGCGCACGCUGGUCCUCUCGAUCGGGAAGACCAUGCCCUCCCUGAUCUGGACGGUUGCCCUCCUCGUGCUGAUGAUCUUCUCCGCGAGCAUCUGCUUCACGCAGGUGGUGGCGGACCUCGCCGAGGACAACCCGGGCUCCGCGGCAGUGGGCACGGACACCUACAAGUACUACGGCUCCCUCUUCCGCUCGAUGCUGUCGCUUUACCAGGCGAUUACCGGAGGACUCAGCUGGUCGGUGCUGAUAGACCCGCUCUUCGACCAGAACUCUCCGGCGAUGGCCCUGCUGAUGUGCUUCUACAUCUCCUUCGCGGUUCUAGCAAUGCUCAACGUGAUCACAGGAGUUUUCGUGGAUUUAUAACGCUCCGCGGCAGCACGCCUGGAUGAAGCGUGAUCGUCGGAGUCGGGGCGCUCGCAGACGGAUGCAUCUUGAGCCUGUCCGAUUUUCAGAAAGGCACGGGGAAACUCCUAGAUGCUCCCCUGAUGUGUGCCCAGAGGGGGCGCUGUCAUCACGUGGUCGUGGCGAGCCAGGACCCCCCCCCUCAACCCUCCGUGGCGUGGCGCACACGCCCUGCAUGCGUGGCGAGAAGAAGCUCCGUCCUUUCAAUUUGGUUCGCCGCCUCCCCCCCCCAGACUGCCAGGCAGAACGUGACGAUGGAGGAAUGAUGGUGAUUGUGAUGUUUGCGGUGCGAAUGACAGCGCUGGUGAUUUGGAGG